UAUACUUUCGGCUCCCCAACAAUGACCAAAUUUUUAGAGAGUUGAAAGGGUAUAAUUGACUAAUGAUGCGGAAACUUUGGGGAAUAAUAGUGGCAUUUAUUGGAGUGUCUAUAGUAGUGAUGGCAGAGCACGAAGACAGGCAUUUCUGGCAAGCAUCCAUGAAGGAUGAGAUAUGGAAGACCAUCACAUCGCGGAGAAAUUGCGCGAAAGCGAAAAACGUCGUUGUUUUCAUCGGCGACGGAAUGGGGAUUCCAGUCAUCACGGCAGCGCGGAUUCUGAAAGGGCAGAAAGCCGGGAAAACAGGAGAGGAGACAUUCCUGAACUUUGAAAGAUUUCCCUACACGGGGCUCAUGCGGGUAUGA